AUGGCUAUCGUGGGAUGGUUGAUGUUCGGCGAUGGUGUCUUAGAUGAAAUCACAGCCAAUGUGCUAUUGACGACUGAAUAUCCCCAGGCCCUGUCUAUCUGCGUGAUAGUAUUGAUUGCAAUCAUUCCUAUCACCAAAGUGCCCUUGAACUGCCGGCCUCUAGUCGCCACUGUUGAAGUUCUUUGUGGACUCGAACCGCGCCACAACACGAUGUCUGAUCGUCGUGAAGGGCUGACAGAAACCCUUCGCCGAUCACUCCAAGCCACCAUACGCAUCUUUGUGGUGGUUGUAAUUGUUGUGAUGGCCAUCGUAUUCCCAUCCUUCGACAAAAUCAUGGCCUUGAUGGGGUCUGCGUUAUGUUUCACAAUUUGCAUCAUACUGCCUCUCGCAUUCUACCUGAAAAUUUUUGGUAAGGAGAUCGGGAUGGGCGAACGCAUACUGGACUGGUUUCUCCUUGUCACGUCAUCUGUCAUGGCGAUCACUGGAACUGCCUGGGCUUUUUUGCCAGAAGGCAUGAUUUUUGCGAAUUGA